GCUUCAAUCCUUCCGAAGAAAUAAUAUACCAUGCCAUCUUGAUUGGUGUAUGUAUAAUGAACCCAUGUGUGCAUUCAACUGAAAGUCUCCGCCUUCGAAAACACACAAAUAUCUAUUACGAAGGGGAUGUUAAUCUGAACUCGGUCGGGGAGGGCAGCUGGCGAGAAUGCAGGGGAGUUCCGCGUCUUGUUAGGUGGUCGGGGAGCAGAGAGGAAAAGGGUUGCGGUGUGGACCUCCGCCACUCCACUGCCGGUAGGAUUGAGUCGGAGGAGAGACGGAAGUUUGCGGAUCUCCCUUGAGCCGAAGCAGAAGAAGCCUCCGUCUCUGUCUCCGGACCUACAGUUUCGACCUUUGAGCCCCCUUCUCCUUCUCCAACUGCGACAUAGCCUUCAUCCUCGGCUUCCAAUAGAAGCAUCUGCAGGAGAAUAGAAGGUAUUCUCUCUCUGUCUCCAUGUCUAUUUCUGUCUGAUUUGUGUCUCUCCAUCCCGAUCAGCCGAUUGGUAAAGGGGCGUUUGCCGAUAAUGAAGCAAGUUAUGAAGGAAAAUCUGGAUUUCUGAAUGAGGCAUUGCAGAUAGGUUUUUUUUGUCUCGUUCAGCUUCGUAUUCUAUAGGUUCUUCCCUGUCCAAAUGUUACGGCGGCGUUGCACAUUGGGCGCGCACUUACCGCAGCAAUAGAGGAUACUAUUAUCAGAUGGAAGAGGGUGUCUGGAUAUAAUGCAUUAUGGGUCCCUGGGAUGGACCAUGCUGGAAUAGCAGCAGACCACAACUUAUCGCACCAUCGACGAUAAUCUACACACCUCCGAGCUUGCUCAUAGCAAACCGAACAGCAGACCACAACUUCGCGCCAUCGACGAUAAUCUACACACCUCCGAGCUUGCUCAUAGCAAACCGAACAGCAGACCACAACUUUUCGCACCAUCGACGAUAAUCUACAUAACAAUAUUUUGGUCAUAUUAAAAAAUUGGGCACUAAUAUACAUAACAAUAUUAUCGUCCAUGGUGCAACAAGUUGUGGUUUGCUGUUCGGUUUGCUACGAGCAAGCUCAGAGGUGACUACAUCCCUCCUGAAAUCCUAGCUCUGGAGACCAUGCCUUUCCGCUGCAAGUGGAUAUUGUCUGUGCUAAACAAGGCUAUAGCAAAGACAGUAGCAUCGCUGAACGUUCACUGAUGCGAUCAGAGCCGUUUACUCUUGGUGGCAGCAGUUACGUGAUGUUAUCAAAGCAAUCAAGCCUUACUUUGUGGACGAGGAAACUUUUGCAUCUGAAAGGAGUGCUGCACAAUAUGUUGUGCUUUGAUAAAAACAUCACAUGACUGUUGCCACCAAGAGUAAACGGCUUUGAUCGCAUCAGUGAACUUGUAUGUGUUCAGCGAUGCUACUGUCUUUGCUAUAGCCUUGUUUAGCACAGACAGUUAUGACGAGUGAUUAUCCUUCUCCUGUUGAGUGUUGGACCAAUGAAAGGGUGGAGCAGGAGAUGGAUCUCGUGCAGUCUGUAGUAAAAGGCCUUAGGUCUCUUAGGUCAGCUGUCUUGACUAAGCAAAAAGAAUGAAUGGUUAGUCAUUCUUUUGCUUCUCAUUCUUUUUCUUAGUCAAGUCAGCUGACCUAAGAGCAAGCUGUGGUCUGUUGUUCGGUAUACUACGAGCAAGCUCGGAGGUGACUACAUCCCUCCUGAAAUCCUGGCUCCGGAGACCAUGCCUUUCAGCUACAAGUGGAUGUUGUCUGUGCUAAACAAGGCUAUAGCAAAGGCAGUGGCAUCACUGAACACAUACGAGUUCUCUGAUGCGACCAGAGCCGUUUACUCUUGGUGGCAGCAGUUAUGUGAUGAUUUUAUCAAAGCAAUCAAGCCUUACUUUGUGGACGAGGAAACUUUCGUAUCUGAAAGGAGUGCUGCACAAUAUGUUUUGUGGGUGUGUUUGGAGAAUGGGUUAAGGUUGCUUCAUCCGUUCAUGCCAUUCAUCACUGAAGAACCGUGGCAGCGCCUUCCUUCACCGGAAGGUGUGGAGAGAAAGAAGUCAAUUAUGAUAAGUGAUUAUCCCUCUACUGUUGAGUGUUGGACCAAUGAAAUGGUGGAGCAGGAGAUGGAUCUCGUGCAGUCUGUUGUACAGGGCCUCAGGUCUCUUAGGUCAGUCGUCUUGACUAAGCAAAAGAAUGAAUGUUGGAGGAAGUUUGGGAGAUCAUGAAGAGCCAUAAAUCCUUCGUGACUUUAUCAUCAUUGGAGGUUCUGUUGAGCGGGAGGGACGAUUAAGGGCAAUCUUAAUGUAGAAGCACAGCGUGAGAAGAUCCAGAAUAAGAUGGAAGAAAAUCUAAAGUGAGUAGCGGAUUGGAUACAACACCCAGGUCCUAAUAAUUUAUUUCUAUGGAUUUCCCUCUCGGUUCAUGUUCCUUUCCUGUAAAUUCGUUAUUAUCUUUGCAUUUGCAGGCAGUAAGAGAAACUUAGACGGGCCAUGGGUAUAUACGAGUACAAAGAUAUUUACUCAUAUUCACUCAUGGCCGGUGUAAGUUUCUCUUGCUAAGAUGUUUUUCCAAAAGGAAAGCUCACGAAUAGUACAUUUGCCCAAUUGGCCCUAGCUGAAUAUACUUUGCUUUUUGGGACUUAACGUAAUAUGUAAGUAGAUCUUCGAAUUUUCCUACUCAUAACUAUCACUAAACAGGUAUCCUUUUGUAAUCAAAAUGUCACGGUCGACAUCUGUAAUCUCAA